AUGGUUUUGUUUCGGAAGCAGCAACAGUCCCCCGAGGAUAUUCGAGCGCCCUGUGCGCGAGCCGCGAUCCCAGAGGAGGCUGCAAAGCUGGGAAAGCCCGGGGUGUGCUCCUCCCUCGCUUUUAGACCCCCGGGCUUGCACCCGGUGCACUCUGCGAACCAGCUGCGCGCCGAGCGGUGCAAUGCAGCACCCACCCUGCGGGUGGAAGCCGAGGCUUCUCACCCAACCCCCGCCCCGACUGCGUUGUGUUCGGCUGAGCGCGACGCCUGCGUGGAGCCAGGCCCGGCGGUGGGGUCGCUGGUGUGUGAUCUCGAAGGGAGGCUACACCGAGGGUGCAGAAUGGGAGGAGGAGGAGGAGGACGCGCCCAUUUAGGAACCAGACCGCAGGAUGUUUCUAGUUUUAAAUUGAAAGGAGAGGGGCGCCCCCCUUGUUUGAAAAUAAAUAAAUAA